AUGUCAACGUCACCUUCAAGCGAAAACGGAAUAUCUUCUAAAGACAGAAAUUUUGGCUUCUUCACCCUUAAUAAAAGAAAUAAAUUUAUUUCGAAUUCAUUUUUUAAUGACGGUCCAAGUGCUGCUGAGCGUCGAUUUAGUUUUCAAAAAGCUUUCUCCCAUGAUCAGCCAAGCGGUGCGGAAUCUCAAGAUCUUCAGAAAAAACGCAGCGCUUUAAUUGAAGACCUCAAACAGAAGGUUAAAAUUUUGGCUGAAGAAUCCGUUACACGGAGUUACAUUCAUGAGGAAAGUAGCAACGUAACUGCAUUUUGUGGUGCCGUCGAUGCUUGCCUACGCUUUGGUCUCAUUCUUCGAAGGCCCGUGAUAAAUUAUCGCGAAUCACGAACUUUCAGUCUCCUGAAGGAGAUUGGGAGAUCGCUUCCCGAAGCAAAGAAAGUAGUUAAGCGAGUCCAAGAAUUGGAAGAGGGUGUCAACGGUUUUGGAAAUACUUUCAGCCUAUCCUCUCUCGGCUACUCCGACUCUCCAAGGAGGAAUUUACCGGCUGCUACUGGAUCCUUAUCAAAAUAUUUGUGGAUUCGGGUUGCGCUCUUUCAGAAGACCCUGGACAAAAUUGUCGAUUACCUUGUUGAACAUGCUGCGUAA